CAAACUGAUCACAAUGCCCUACUCCUCCCAAUCUCUCUCUGAUUGUAUUUAAAUAUGAGUCUUUUGCUUCAUUACCUGACUACAUCGUGAAGAUCUGACAUCCCCUUUCCAUACACACUGAAUCCAUAACUUUGUCAUGAAACGUUUCCUUGGGUUGCUGUGCGGCCUUUCAGCUCUUGUAGCUACAGGUUACUCUCUCUCGUGUGUAAAGUGUUUAGUACCUGGCCCCAACUCCUGCAAUGGUACCAGCAUCAACUGCACCUCUGAUCAAGUGUGUUUAUCUUCUUAUGAAGUAACUUCUCGAAACGGAGUGAAGGUGUCUGAAAUAUUUUCUCGAGAUUGUCUGCCUAGGACACUGUGCGAUGUGGAAGGAUCUUGGAGUGCGUUGGGUGGCAUGAAGUCACAAGUUGCCACAAGAUGCUGUGUCUCUGAUAAUUGUACCCCACCUGAACCCAAAUUAGCAGCUGUGAGUAAUGAAGUGAAUGGAUUGACGUGUCCAACAUGUAUUUCUGUAGAGUCUGAUAGGUGUUCCACAGAAGACUUUAUCCAGUGUACGGGCAAUGAGACUAAGUGUUUUCUAAUAGCCGCGGACAUCACAGGAAAUGUAUCAUCGUCCUUAAUGUUUCGUGGUUGCUCUACCGAAAGUUUCUGUGUCCUCGGAAUGCAGUCUGUAUCGUCGAAUGAUACGCAUGCGGAUUUAAAGGUUACAUGCACUAAUGGAAGUGCUGGCCCCUUUGGUGGAUUUUCCCUGUUAGUAAUCACUGUUAUCGCCAUCAUGAUAUCAGUCAUCCACUGUAACUUUUUAUAGUUUAUGAAAGAAGCCCAAGGUGAGCUAAGGGUCAGUGAUACCUGCAAACAGAAUACGUGUGGUACCUUGCGCUGGGUGUGGUUAAAUUAACCCUGCAUUUAUUUAUUGCUAUCUUUAUGUGUUUAUAUGACUGUAUGUGAACCUAUAUGUAACAGUGGCUGCGGGGAAAUGCAACUGGUUAGUGAUUGGAAGUGGGUGAGAGAUUGUUGAAAUGAUACGUGAGCGACUUUUGCACCCCAAACACAUUUGAUUUCUAUAAAAACAUACAUAAAAAUAGAUAUUAGUUAUAUGCAUAAAUAUUGUAUUAUUAAAUAAUAAAAUACUGCAUUAUUUUACAAGUUUAAAAAAUAAAAUGCUCACAAAAAUGUUUUUCGAAAAAGAGUUCCUAGUCUGAAAGGCUUUUCUUCAGUCUGGGGCUUUGAUUUACUAAGCUUUACACAUGCUAUACUGUCAAUACUGUAGAACCAAACUUCCCCAAUGAUUUACAUCUACAGAAGUCACCAUUAAAGUUUAAGUGGUAUUUUUGUAUAUAAAGUAUUUGGAAACAGUAUUGAAUAAUUUGGAAAGCUUGUCAAACUGAGCUUUAGUGUGAGAUCCUUAUCUUGUCUCACACAGGAAGCUGCUGGCAGGGAGAACAGCUUUAUGUUGGCAUUAUCUGACAAUGAAGGUAGCUGUAAACACUUCAGAACACUGAACAGUGACAUAAGAAUGACAAUCCUCCCCACAAGUCCUAUAAUAAUCUCUGGUAUUGAUUCUGAAACGGAAUUAUGGGGAAAUGUAUCUUUUGAGGACCUGUAUAGGAACGAUGUUGAGGUAGAACUACAAAAAUAAUAUAUUUUCAAGCAUUGUACUUUUUUAUCCAUUCAUGUAUCUCGAUGCAUUUAAACUGCAUAUUUGUUUUUGAAUGUGUUGGUAAAAACUUUUUUAUUCAAUAAAAGAUAAACCCAAGUGUUUAUUAUUUUUCAA